UGGUUGCUAAGCAAAUUAGCCUGGUGUGAAAGCUGUUUGAAGUUUGAAGUAAGAAAAAGAGUUGAACUUGUGCAGAAAGGAUAUUCAAUUUUGUUUCUUUAGCUCUGCAUUUGGAAUUUGAGGGAAAUAUCAAAACAUUCCUUGAAACACCCUUCAAUCCCAAGCAAUUUCAAUUUUGGUGAGGGAAGUUGAGAGAUGGGGAUGGAUGGUGGAGAAGAGCAAAUGCAAGAGUCAGCAGGCUGCGAGGAGAGAAUUUUCGUUUCGGUUCGUUUACGCCCUCUCAAUUACAAGGAAAUAGCUAGGCACGAUGUAUCAGACUGGGAAUGCAUCAAUGAUAACACAAUCAUAUACCGGAACAGCCUUUCGGUUUCCGAGAGAUCAAUGUACCCAACUGCCUAUACUUUUGACCGAGUUUUUAGCCCUGAUUGCCCCAACCAGCAAGUGUAUGAAGCAGGAGCAAAGGCAGUUGCUAUUUCAGUUGUCAGCGGUAUAAACUCGAGUGUUUUUGCCUAUGGACAAACAAGCAGCGGAAAGACAUAUACGAUGAUUGGAAUUACCGAGUAUGCCAUGACAGAUAUAUAUGACUACAUACAAAGGCACAAGGAAAGAGAGUUUAUCCUGAAGUUCUCAGCCAUGGAGAUUUAUAAUGAAUCUGUCCGAGACCUCCUUAGUGCAGACAGCACUCCCCUUAGGCUUCUAGAUGAUCCAGAAAGGGGGACCGUUGUUGAGAAACUCACCGAAGAAACACUGCAGGACUGGAAUCAUUUUAAACAGCUUCUAUCUGUGUGUGAAGCUCAAAGACAGAUAGGCGAGACUUCUUUGAACGAGACAAGCUCUAGAUCCCAUCAAAUUUUGAGAGUGAUGAUAGAAAGCUCUGCACGAGAAUUUUUAGGCAAUGGAAAAUCAAGUACCCUUGCAGCCACUGUGAAUUUUGUUGAUCUUGCAGGAAGUGAGCGUGCAUCUCAGACAUUAUCAGCUGGUGCUAGGCUGAAAGAAGGUUGCCAUAUAAAUCGCAGUUUAUUAACGCUUGGAACUGUUAUCCGUAAGCUGAGCAAGGGAAGAAAUGGGCAUAUUCCGUUCAGAGAUUCAAAGCUGACCCGUAUACUUCAGUCUUCCUUAGGAGGCAAUGCUAGAACUGCUAUCAUUUGCACCAUGAGUCCAGCAAGAAGUCAUGUUGAACAAUCGAGAAACACCCUCUUAUUUGCAAGUUGUGCUAAAGAAGUGACUACCAAUGCACAAGUCAAUGUGGUCAUGUCGGAUAAAGCAUUAGUGAAACAACUGCAAAGAGAAUUGGCUAGACUAGAGAACGAGCUAAGAAGUGCAAGAACAACUUCGAUUUCCUCUGAUUCUGCUGUAUUGCUAAGAGAGAAAGACCUCGAGAUUGAAAAGCUAAAGAAAGAGGUGGCCACACUGAAACAGCAAAGAGAACUUGCUAGGUCUGAGGUUGAGAAUCUGCGACAAGCGGUAACUAAUGAAAGUCCUGAAGAUGAAAAACCAGUGAAAAUAUGGGCAGGUCCAGAUCCUCAUUACCCUAAACUGAGACUGCAAAAUUCGUGGGACUUUGAACAUUCAACCAUUGGUACACCUGUCAUGGCUGUUGGUGCUAGAUCCUUCACCCCUUCAGAUAGACAAAGCUGCAGUUCUGGAGAGAGCUUCCUCCAGCUUUCUGACAUUAAAUUGAAUAUACCACAUCCCAGUUCCUCCCCGCAGCUGUCACCUAAAAUUCCUGAUUUUGUUGGAAGUAAUAUGCCCCAGGAGGAGAAUGAUGAACUUGUUGAUGAAAAUUCAGAGGCACUUUGCAAGGAAGUUCGAUGCAUUGACUCAGGAAGGUCAAGUAUGAAUAGAUAUUCAGACUCAAAUUUGUCAGAAUCUAGCCCAAAGAACUACCAAAACUAUAAUAGGUCAUCUCCAAGAGAAAACACAGCUAUUUCCGGAUUGAUGGAUGUUGGCAAUGAAGAUAGAUCAAAGCGAGAAUCCGUGUCACUCCACUUGAAAAGCAGUAACAACCACCCAGAUAUUGCUUUUCCAUCUCCUGAAAAAUCAUGUUUAUGGCAGCUAAAAGAAGAAAUAUCUAGCUGUAGAAGCUUGAAAUUAACUAGGAGUAUAAGUUGUAAAGCGAGUCUAAUGACCAGUUUGACCUCCCAAUGGAUUGAAAGGCUAGGACAGGAUGAGAGCACACCUCCCAUGGGGGAUGAGAAAGAUUUCUCUGGAAGACCAGAUAUUUUGCGGGGAGAACUUCCUGCAUUGAAGUAUGAUCUUCAGAACGAGAGGUUGUCUAGAAAUGGAUCUCAAAGUUCUUCAACUAGUGCUACUGAAUAUGAGCUUAAUGCCCCGAUAGCAAAAAAUAAAUCUCAAAGUUCUAGCAUUGAGCAUAUGGCUCCGGUUGUCCCAACUCCAGAGGAUCAGAAUAAUGCUGUUUUCUCUACUUCAAUGGGAGGAACAGAAAAAAUGUGUGAUCCUAAGUAUGAGAAGCAACUUUCUGAUCAUGCGGUACAGGUCACAGAGCCCAUUUUACAUGGCAAGGAUGUUAAAGACGUCGGCUUAGACCCAAUACCAGAUAACCAUGAAAGCCCUUCAGAAUGGCCUUCAGAAUUUAAGAGGCUUCAAAGAGAGAUCAUCGAACUCUGGCAUGCUUGCAAUGUGUCACUGGUCCACAGGACCUACUUUUUUCUGCUAUUUAAAGGAGAUCCAAAAGAUUAUAUAUACAUGGAGGUGGAAUACAGGAGGCUGUCAUUUCUCAAGAGUUUAUUUUCUCAUGGUAAUCAAAUGGAAGUAGCAAAUGAACAAGUCGAAAACCCUGCUUCAAGCGCCAAGGCUCUACGUCGUGAAAGGCAUAUGCUGAUUCAGCAGAUGAGCAAGAGACUGUCCAAUGAAGAAAGAGAGAAUUUGUUCAUCAAAUGGGGCAUCGGGUUGAACACGAAACAUAGGAGGUUGCAGUUGGCUUACUGCUUCUGGACUGACUGUAAAGACAUGGAUCACAUUGCUGAGAGUGCGGCCAUUGUUGCAAAGCUGGUUGGGUUUGUAGACCCAGAGAAGACUUUUAAGGAAAUGUUUGGGCUCAACUUUACAUCAGGACAACAAUCAAACAAGAGAAACCAUAGCUUGAAACGCAUUGUAUUGUCUUUCUUAUAGGUGUUAUUUAAGCUAGCUUUCAUACAAAAUUUUCUCCUGUUUGAUUAUCCCCACCGAUUUGUUUCAUUCACACACACACACACACAUAUACAUGUAUCUGUUUACUGUCUACAGACUUCAAUUUUGAAUUUUCUGAGUCUGGUUUUAAUAUAGUGCUAGAGUUUGUAACUCUUCUCAAA